CGCCAUUGCCGCGGCUUUUGAGAGAGAGAGAGAGAGAGAGAGGGGAGGGUGGGGGGCGGGAGAGAAAGAGGGAGAGCGCUUCUUCUGCCGGAGCGGCGAUGUCUUCUCCCACCUCGUCCUCCUCCGCCUCGGAUGACACGGAGGCUUCCUCCGGAGCCGGAGCCACGAAGGAGGCGGCGGCGGCGGUGGCGCUGCUGCUUUGGGAGCGCGCCUGGUCCCUGGAAGAGAUUCGCUCCAGGAGCCAGACCUGGUCCCUAGCGGCCGACGCGGGGCUUUUGCAGUUUCUGCAAGAAUUCUCCCAGCAAACCAUCUCCAGGACCCAUGAAAUAAAGAAGCAGAUGGACAGACUGAUUCAUGAAACUAAAAGUGUAGAUUGUCGCCUGCAUAAUGUCUUCAACGGUUUCCUCAUGCUUUCAAAUAUGCAGUUCAUUGAAAAUAGAGUUUAUGAUGAUGAAAUGGAUGAACUUGUAUCCAAAACUGAAGGAGGAGACAAAUUAGAACAGGAGAAAACCCGUGAACAGAAAGAAGCUGAUUUGAUUCCCAAGAUUCAGGAAGCCAUCAAUUUUGGGCUGCAGGUAUUAGACAGUGCCUUUGAACAACUGGACAUCAAAGCAGGGAACUCUGACUCUGAAGAAGAAACCAAUGAAAGGCUAGAACUGAUACUGGAGCCAAAGGAUCUUUAUGUUGAUCGACCUUUGCCGUACUUAAUUGGCUCCCAACUGUUUAUGGAACAAGAUGACGUUGGGCUUGGUGAUCCUUCCAGUGAAGGUUCAGUGGAUGGUGACCACGGAAGCCUGAUGGACAGUGAAGGAAAAGAAGAAGAGGAACUGGAAGAACUUGGGACUAUAAGCGAUGAAGAUCAGAAGCAGAGAGCAGUAUUAAUGAGUGAUGAAGAUGAAGAUAUUUUUGGUGACUAUGAAAAGGGGGAAGAGGAAGAUGGUGACCUAGAAGAAAAUACAACAUUGAAAAGACCAACAUCGUUUACUGAUGAGCUUGCAGCCCGAAUCAAAAGGGAAGAGCCAAGUAAAGAACAGAAAGAACAAUUAUAUACGAAAAAUAAGACUACAGUCACUAUUAAGGAAGAUGUUGAUGCUGACUCAGAUGAUGAUGAUAUCUUUAAACCUCCCAAGCUAACUGAUGAAGAUUUCUCACCGUUUGGUUCUAAAGAUGGACUCUUCAGUGGUGGGACAGGACUCUUCGAUGAUGACGAGAAGGAUCUUUUUGCUGAAUUGCCAAAAGAGGAAAAGGAAAAAGAAGCACGAAUUCCAAUAAAUGAUAAACCAUCAUCAAAAGCAGUAAGGAAAGUUCCUCCUGGAGCAGUUUCUCUCUUUCCAGGUAUGCAGGAUGUAUUUAGUCCUUCUUCAGUUCCAUUGGAAAAAGAGAAUAAAAAGUUGACAGAAUCAAUCACAGAUAAGUCUUCUAAGCCAUAUGAAGCUCCUGGUCUGUUUGAGGAAGAUGAGAAUUUUGAACCCAGUAAGAGUAGUUGCGUUAUAGCCAAACCUUCUGUGGAUUUAUUUGAUGAUGAUGGGGAUCUAUUCAGGGAGAAGCCUGACAGUGCCAACAUUGCAAAAAAUAGUCAACAUUCUUCUGCUGAGAGGUUUAAAAAUUUAACUCCAACACCUUUCACGAGUCAGAAAAGCCUAUUCUCUGAUGAAGAGGAUACUGAAGACUUGUUUUCUUCACAUCAGCCUAUAGGGGUGAAGAACUCAACUUCAUCAUCUACUAAAGUGAUGACAAAAACUGCAUUGUCUUUGUUUGAAGAUGAGGAAGAAGAGGACCUCUUUGGAUCUAUGCCAAAAAUGUCAAAAUCUUCUCAGGAGAGAUCAUCCAACUUAUUUCUCAGCAGUGAUGAAGAGGAUCAUUGUAAUAAUAAAAAAGAGAUCAAAGCUACUUCUGAAGGAAGUAAAAUAAAGGAACCUGUGAAGUCUGCUUAUGGGGCCAGUCAAGCUAUUAAGAGAGACCUCUUUGAAGAAGGAGGAGAAGGAGAAGAUGAUUUCGUUGUUGCCACAAAAGACAGCAGUAAAAAAACACCUCAGAAAAAUGCUGCUCUAUUUGAAGAUGGUACCUUGCACUACAGCUCUCAGCCAACCUUAACCAGUCCUCAACCAGCGUCAUCUGAUGCCCAAUCAGUAACAGUGUGUGCUGAUCAAGAAAAUUUCUUGGAAACACCUCAGAAGAAAUUAGUAGAAAAGAAGGCAGGACCUUCGGAAGAAUCUGGUACACAUCAUUGUUAUAAUGUUGGAGAAGGAGGAAAUGUAUUGGAGCAAGAAAGGAAGGACAAACUCUUUUUGGAGAAAGAUGCCAAGAGAAAGAUGAGAACUGUAUUCAGUUUGUUUGAGGACGAGGAGAAAAAUGAAGUUGUGGAUCCUAGUAAGAAUAAACAGAUUGGAAUGGGGAAGCCUUCAGAGAAGAGCACAGGUGUGUUUCAAGAUGAAGAACUUCUCUUCAGCCGUAAACUGCAGGAAGACAAUGAUCCUGAAGUUGACCUUUUUGAUAACAAAAAAGUGAUUUCAAGCCCUAAAGCAAAAUCAUCAUCUGGAGAAUGGCUAUUUGGGACUGAUGACAACGCCGAUGAUGGUCUCUUUAGCAAUUCUGCCACAAAGCCCUUGGUGCCAGAAAAGAAAACGAUAAUAAAGAAAGAGAGCCCUGUUUUGUCCUUGGAAAAAGAUAGUAAAGUUCUGCAGAAUAAUCAACAUGACAAACAAGGAGAAUCAAAAAUUCAAGCCCCCAAGGGAGAAUUGGAAAUUAACCCAAAAGAUAAACUAUACAAGAAAACGACUAAUGUGAAACCACCAUCAAAGGGACCAUCUCGCUUACCUGAUGACACAAAGCAUACCAAAGUAGCUUCCACAAGAAAUACUACACAGCUGGGAGUUAGUUUUGAUAACCCUGUGAAAGCCAACACGCUGCAAAAUGUCAACAAGGGAAGAAUCAAAGUGAGUGGGAAUCGAAGGCCACCCACCAGAACUGCCAGGCGAUUAGCUGUUGAAGAACUUGACAAAGAUGAAAUAAAUGCUGCAGAGAACAAGUGUCUGCCUAUCUUAAAAGGAAACUCUGGGCCACCCACCCUAUUACAUCAUAGCGAGCUGCCUAGAAAGAAAAAUACUGAAAAAGCUUGCUUGGUUCCAUCAACCCAUAGCAGCAACCAACCCAAUGAGUCAAAAUCAACAGCCUAUUCCGAUGUGAAUGAUCUCUUCGAGUCCAACAACCUUUUCACUAAGGAUAGUAACUCUAAACCAACACUGGAAGCUGAGGGCAUUGUAAGCCAGGUUGCAAAAAGUGAGGAGCUGUUUCCUGCUGCACAAGAGGGGACAGACCUCUUUCCUUCUAGAAAGACAUUAAGGAAAUUAAGUCCAGUCCCUUUCCCGGAAGAAAAACAAGAUGCAUUCAUCACUAGUAAGAAAACUGUGAAGAGAAAAGAACAGGAGCUCCCACCUCAAUUACAUCAAAGUUUCCCUAUCCAAGACAUUUUUGAGGAUGAUAUAUUUGCAAUAGAAACUGUUAAGCUGCCAGACAAAGCAAAAGAGGUAGAAGUCAAUUUGUUUGAUGAUGAUGUUGAUAUCUUUGCUGAUCUUGCUGUAAAAUCAAAGGAAAAGAGUACAAGAAAGAAAAUGGAAGCUGUAUCUAUAUUUGAUGAGGACACAGAUGAUAUCUUCUCCCCUGCUAGUCAAUCUAAGACAUCAACAAAAAAGACCACCUCUCAGUCAGUCUCAGGAAGUAAGUGUGAACCUAGAACAGCAAGCACUUUUGACGACCCUCUCAAUGCAUUUAAAGAGCACUAAUAAAGAGACUGCUGGACAAUUUAUCUUCAAUUUGUCACUGAAUGAUAAUUCCUUUAUUUUCUAAUCAAAUACUUGGUGUGACAAAACAGAAUAUUCCUGGACUCAUUCACUUGUGUAUUUUACUCCACGUGGCAUUUUAAAAAAUGUUAUAAAAGCUAUUUGAGCAAACAAUAAUUGUCCUAAUCAGCUUGUUACAGGUGAUGUAAUAUAUAUAUAUAUAUAGACAGAAUAUAAAUCAAAAUUACAGAACAUUUAAUGUUGAUAAAUGGCAUUUACAAAAUCAAUAUUUUUUGAUCUGCUAUUUUGUAAGCCAACUCACUUUCCGGAAUUAAGUUUAUGAUUAUAGCUCAUGGUUUUGAGAAUCUGAAUUCUCCUUUUGGGUAUAUCCUUGGUUACUGAUAAAAGAUUAUUUCAUUUUACUGGAAGGGAUGGGAUUGGAUAGAAUGGAGUUUUUUUACUACCAUAUAUACUUACAGAUAAGCCCUUUCUUCAAUAAGGUAACCCUAUAUUUUUUUUUACCAAAUUAUAGUUUAAAAAGAUGCCAUCAGUGAAUAAGCUGUCUUAUAUAUUUUUUAUGUUCUGGUAAAAAAAAAUUAAGGUCUGUUUAUCUGCCGACAGGUUUACAUGCAAAUAUAUAUAGAAAAUACAUGUACUUUAAAAAAAGAAUACUGUAUACUCUCUCAGAUAAGCCUAUUUGUGGAUGAGCCGAACCUAUUUUUUGGUACUCAACAUUUUUAGCUUACCUGUCAGUAUGUACAAUAUUAAAAUAUCUCUAAGCCAAUUUCAGUUAAUCAUACGUGCUUUAACUGUUUGCUAUUUUUCUUUCCCUUCCUACACAUAUACCCUCAUUAGCAAUUUCUGGUAAUUUUAGCCUGAAAAUUAUGUCUUAUCUUAGAUGUAUGGGAUUGCAUAAA